CAAGUCUUCGGGUUUGUCGUCUAAAACUGAAAUCUGAUUUUGUGAUUCUGAUGGACAUGUUGGUCAACACUGCUCAACGCAGGUAGUAGUGAGUUUCAUUCAGUUCACGAUAAACAAACAAACAAACAAACACACGAGAGAUCCAAACAAACAAACAAACAACUCGAAAUGAGUUCGAGUUCGAGAAGCAGCAGCAGAACCUACUCUGCUAAUCCCAGCGAUUACAACCUUCUAGAAGAGGUCGGUUACGGUGCAAGCGCCACCGUGUACCGCGCAAUCUACCUUCCUCGGAACGAAGAGGUGGCGGUUAAGUGUCUGGAUCUGGAUCGCUGCAACAGCAAUCUCGAUGACAUAAGGAGAGAGGCUCAAACCAUGAGCUUAAUUGACCAUCCUAACGUUGUGAGGUCUUAUUGUUCCUUCGUUGUUGAACGAAACCUUUGGGUUGUGAUGGCUUUCAUGGCUCAGGGUUCUUGUUUGCACCUCAUGAAAUCUUCGUAUCCUGAUGGUUUCGAAGAAGACGCAAUCGGAUCUAUCCUUAAGGAAACUCUCAAGGCCUUGGAGUACCUUCAUCGACAGGGUCACAUUCAUCGCGAUGUUAAGGCUGGGAAUAUUUUACUCGAUUCUAACGGCGAAGUCAAACUCGCUGACUUCGGUGUUUCCGCUUGCAUGUUUGAUGCCGGUGAUCGACAACGUUCUAGAAACACUUUCGUCGGAACUCCUUGCUGGAUGGCACCUGAGGUACUGCAACCUGGAACUGGUUAUAAUUUCAAGGCUGAUAUUUGGUCUUUUGGAAUUACGGCACUGGAGUUGGCUCAUGGUCAUGCACCUUUCUCAAAAUACCCUCCGAUGAAGGUUCUUCUAAUGACCAUACAGAAUGCUCCUCCAGGGCUUGAUUAUGAUCGUGAUAGAAAGUUCUCCAAGUCUUUUAAGGAAAUGGUUGCUAUGUGCCUGGUAAAAGAUCAAACAAAGAGGCCAUCCGUGGAGAAGUUGCUGAAACAUUCUUUCUUCAAACAAGCUAAGCCUCCUGAGCUUUCUGUGAAGAAAUUAUUUGCUGAUUUACCACCUCUUUGGCAUCGUGUAAAAAACCUCCAGAUUAAAGAUGCAGCUCAACUAGCACUAAAGAAAAUGCCUUCUGCAGAACAAGAAGCAAUAUCUCAGAGUGAAUAUCAACGAGGAGUUAGUGCGUGGAACUUUGAUAUUAAUGAUUUGAAAGCUCAAGCUUCAUUGGUGCAGGAUGAUGAUGAUAUUGCAGAGAUGAGGGAAGAAGAUGAAAACAAAUUCUUCAGCUCUUACAAGGAUACUACUGAUUCUCAGUUUAGUGUGGGCAAAAAGUAUUCAGAUAACCUACAACAAGAUGAGUUCACGUUACAAGUAGGUGGUAAUGACAUACCACAGAAUGAGAAGAGAAAUGGAUUAAUUGCUGAGGCAACGCCAUCUAUCUCAGAGAAGGAUAUGGGAAUAAGCAGGGUUAAAACUCAAUCAUUGAAAACUUGUAAAACCCAAAGUGGGCCACUGGUGCCAGGUGCAGUGCUUGGUCAUUCUAUACCAGACAGAGGGCGUGCGUUUGAAAGGUUUGAGAAUGAAAAUCAGUUAUCAAAUGAGAAAAGUAAUGUACGACGAGCUCCAAGCUUUAGUGGUCCAUUGAUGCUUCCAAACCGAGCUUCGGCAAAUAGUUUAUCAGCUCCAAUAAAAUCUUCUGGAGGAUUCAGAGAUUCCUUGGAUGAUAAGUCUAAAGCUAAUCUAGUUCAAAUUAAAGGACGAUUCUCAGUGACGUCAGAAAAUUUAGAUCUGGUGAAGGAUAUUCCUGUAAGUUCAGUUUCACGCCGAUCUUCACAGGAAUCGGCACUGAGGAAAUCUGCCAGUGUUGGCGAUUGGAUGUUGGAUUUCAAACAAAUGCCAAUUGGUCAGUCCUCCAAUGAUUCUGCCAAUAUCAAUAUACCAGCAUCACUUCUUGUGCCUCACCUUCACAAUCUUUUCCAGCAGACAUCUAUUCAACAGGAUCUUAUAAUGAAUCUGUUGAAUAGCUUGCAAACUGCUGAGGCAAUUGAUGCUUCUCAGAAUGGAAAGUUGCCACCAUUACCUCGCAGUUCAGAGAACAAUGGAAGUGUUGAUACAGCAGCUUCAGAGAGGGAACAGCUUCUGCUGCUAAAAAUUUCAGAACUUCAAUCUCGGAUGAUCAAUUUGACUGAUGAACUGACUUCUGAGAAGUUAAAAUACACGCAGUUGCAACAACAGCUAGCUGCUCACUACAGCCAGGAACAAAAUGGGGAAAGAGAGGAAGUUGCAUGAAAGCUUAUAAAUUAUGAUCUUCUUAAGUGAAGUACAUGUACAUCCAGGCGAAUGAUAAGUCAUUUGAACUCCAUUCUUUCUCUCUGCUGAAGGAGAACUACUUUUUGGAUGUUAAUAGUCCUUGAUAAGAGUCAUAUAUCUUCUCUUAUCCACCCUUCCUUGUCUUCAAUAAGCCUCUGUGACCAUCUAAAGCCCUGCAAGUGCAAAUGAGCAAAAUGAUCAUCUAUCAAGGUUAAUCUCAUUAUUUAUUUCAUUCAAGAUUCAGAUGUAAAUGAGCUUCUCCGCUGUAUCAUACUGCAACCUGUUCCAUUUUCAGAUUAAUUAGGAAUUCUCGUGAUAACUUAUAAGUUAUGGGGACAUGACCCCGGGGGAAAAAUAAUAUCCCCAUAUAUUGAACCGUCUUUAUUAUUAUUACUAUAUCGGAUUUGAGCUUUGUAUAGUUUUGUUGUAUUCUAACAACUGAAUAAUAAGUUGUAUACCAAAUGAGUCAAGGUAGUGAAA